AUGCUGGUUCAAGAAUCAUUCUUGGAGCACCAAGGCAUGCAUGACACAACAGAUGAAUUAGAUGAGACACUUUCUUUGCGUGAUCUCCCAUUGUAUGGUGUUCAAGAGUGGGAGGAAGAUCUCUCUGCUGACUCACAAGGCUCAACCUCCAUGUCCUCGGACGACCACCACGACUACUUCGAGUUCUUCAGCCACGCCCCGUGUUUCCCACCCGAGAACAUCAUCUUCUGCGGGAAGAUCAUCCCUUACAAACAGCCACCGGAUGCAUCAGGCACUGUUCCACCCAAAGAAGUCGACACCAAACAACCAACGGAAAAGCGCAGUUGGAGCAUGUUCAGAUGGAGGGUUGGCUCCAAGAGUACAACCCAAACAUCUAAGAAAGCAUCCAAGAAAAAGCACAAGAGCAGCGAGCAGGGAAAGGAGUAUGAUUUCCCACUGCAUAAGAUGCCUAUAUUGACAUCCUCACCAUCUGGGAAAGCAAGAUGGUUCUUGUUCUUGACUGGGAUUUCAAGAGUUUCAAGUAAAAUGGAGCUGAGGGAUAUUAAGAGCAGGCAGAGCCACCGCCACAGCCCCAUCCCGACUCCAUCCCCAACGUUGAAGUUUCAAAGCCACGAAAAGAAGGUGGCCGGAGAUGCGAGCAGAGGCUCAUCAGGGCUGUGGGAGGUGGUCAGAGUACUGAGUUGUGGCGGAAACAGUGACCCCAACGCCAUGGUCGUUGGGUCGAUAAGCUGCAAUCGGAUAGAGGGAAGAUGA